UUAAGAUAAAUGUGCGUUGGACUGUUACGAAAGAUGUUUAUGAACUGCAGAGCAGCCUGCCGCAGAGUGGCGAAUUUUAUCGCGCCAUCUAACAAAAAUAGGGAUGAUAUUAGAUCGAGCGAGGAAGAGCGGAUUAUCCAGAGAAGCAGAGAUCGGAUAGUUGGAAAGAAAAAUAGAAGAAAGUCGACCAAUAAAAGCGCGAAAGAGGAUGCGGGUAGCGUAGUGAUAGAUAGCGAUGUCUCAUCUAUGUCGGGCAUAUCAGAAUCAGGAAGUGCUGUGAAGGACAGAAGAACCGUGGAUGAAAAGGAAGCAAGAUAUCCCAGAAAAGGGAUUGCAUCCACAAAGGAGUGGAGCAGGGCUGUGAAUGAACAAAUGAGUGAUGAUCACAACUCUUUGGUCUCGCUUAGUCUUUCGAAGUGCGAAGAGAAGGACGUUAAACGUGAAAAUACCGACAAAAAAAGGCUAAGAAACCAAAACAGCUCCAGAGAUGACAGGUUAGCCCGUGAUACAAACAAAGUGUCACAAGUUUCUGUUUUACGGAACAAGAUACCAUUCAAGAGAAACGAGAAUUACCGCAGCUCCUCAAUGACAGAGUCAUCAAGCAAUAUCUCCCUGCUACCGUCAGACAAUGAAUAUGGAGAAACAAAGCCCACGAUUAACUUUAAGAACAAGAGCGAUUACUCUGAUCUGAUAGAAAAUUAUGAAGACAGUGGUGAGCAAAGACAGGUUAUAGAUAAGAUGAAGAAAUUUUUGAAAAAGUGUGAAGGCAAGAAAAAAGGCAAAAAGUAGAGCGUGUAAUGCAUCGAUACGGACAUAAUGAGAGAGAUAUCGUAUUUUGACAUACCACAAUAGAAAGAUGUAGCGUAUAAGUACAAUAACGGACUACAUCAGGCAAAGUUUAUGAACGUACUCUAACCAAUCCUGGCUGGUUAUCCAAGGGAACAG